AUGGAUGAAAACGAUAAAUGGUCACAGCGAAGGCUGCGGCAUUGUGUACAAUAUGGAAUUAAACCUGACAUUCUUGCGGAAAAAUUAUGUUCAAUAUCGAGAAAUGGAGUUUCACAUACAAACGAAGAGGAUGAUUCGACAAAACGACCUCAUGCACACUCGACGCGGUCAAUUAAAUCAACAGCUACAGCUCUUUCGAGAACCCGAUCACUCGAUCGAACACAUAUCAAUAGGGAAUGCUUCCUUGAAAAAAGAGAAAGUGUUCUAGGAAUGGCUUGCAGAGGAUUAAAUUCUGUUGUUACAGGUGAUUUAUUUCGCCAAAUUCAAGAAGGUAAUUCUUCAAAGAGGGCUACUGUUACAAGGAUAUCUACUUGCGUAUCUAUACGAGACAAAGAUAGAUUGCCAGAUGUUUUUAACAGUUUCCCUUCUAAUCAAAAAAGUCUUCGAUGUGAUUUAAGUUUGGGUAUGAAUAAUACAGCAACAAACACUUGUUUAUUAAAUGAUGUUGAAAAUAAUCAUCACGACCUUGAGCAUACAAAAUCUUUAAAUUUAAUCUCAAACAAGUCACAGAAACAGAUGGAUUUGGACGAUGAAGACCUUAAUGGAAUUAUAUUUAUUGAUGUACCAAAUAAAACUACUUCGAGCAUUGAUAAUAACGAUCGUCAGGAGAUUAUUACAAAUUCACUUUCACCCGAUUUUUGUCAAAUUUCUAAUCGGAAUGGAAAUACUCACGACAUGGAGUUAAACAAUGUAUCCAAACUUCAUAAAUUUACAAGUUUGUUUGGAAGCGGAGAGGACAGUGUUUUAAGGUUUCGGGCAUUUAGAAAGUUUAACUUUACAAAGAGAAUUACAAAUGACUCAAUUGAAAAUAGCCGAAGGAAAAGAUUACCAAUUUAUGGACAAUAUAUUUCUGAUCCUCUUUUAAUUGUAAAAUUAAAAGAUUAUUCCUGUGAUUAUAGACCUUGUUUUACAUAUUGGAUUAGCACAGUUCAUGUUUUUGUUUUGCUCUUUAUGGUUUUAAAUUUUGGAAUUGGAACUGAUUUUUUAAAUAUUUUUUAUAAUCCUUUUGGUGUUAUUGAACGUAGUGGAAAUGUAAUGACUUCAUCUCUUUCUGCUGCACAUAUUGUUGUUUGGGAGCAAAAUAAUAUUUGGAUAGGACCAAAAUAUUCAGAUUUAGUUCAUGUUGGUGCUAAAUACACACCUUGUAUGAGAAGAGAUCAGAAAAUAUAUGAACAAAUAUUGCGUGAAAGACGAAUAGAAUCAGAAACAACUGGAUGUUGUGUUGGACCUUGGGGUUGUUAUCAAACAUCUGAAUGCCCGAAACAAUUUGCUCAACAUAUAAAAUGGACAAAUGGAACAUUUCCUGAACGUUUUAAUUUUCGUGUUGCUUGUGGGCAAGAUCCCCGUUAUUGUGUAAAACCCCGUUCUGUUCAUCCAUUUCUUUGGGGAAUCGACUUGAUUGACUGGCCUAUUUGUGAACAAAAAGCUUCUUCAAUCCCAGCAACAAUCAAACACAUGCAGUGUGAAGUGACUGGACGUCCUUGUUGCAUCCAAAUGCAUGGACAGUGUAGAAUAACUUCUAGAGAAUAUUGCGAUUUUGUUGGAGGUUAUUACCAUCCAAAUGCGGUUUCUUGUCUUCGUGAAGUUUGUGGCUUGACAUCAUUUUUACGCAAAGAUUCACCAGAUCAUAUUUAUCGUUUAAUUACACCACUCUUCAUUCAUGCAGGAAUAAUUCGCUGUGCAAUAUCAUUGGCUCUUUAUUUAACUGUAAUGCGAAGAUUUGAAAUAAUGAUUGGGUGGCAUCGUCUUUCAGCAAUUUAUUUUAUUUCCGGAAUUGGAGGAUAUUUGGCGAGUGCAGUAUUUGUACCUUACAUGCCAGAAGUUGGACCGGCAGGCUCUGAAGGAGGAGUUUUAGGUGCUUUAAUAGUUCACAUUCUCUAUAGUUGGAGUUGGCUAAAUCAACCUUUUCGUGUGCUUUUCUUGCAUUUAGCAAUAGCUUUUGGACUUUUUAUUCUUGGAUUUCUGCCUUGGAUAGGUAUUUUCUCUUUUUGUACUUUUUUCCAUUUUCUCCAAAAUUUAGAUAAUUGGGCACAAGUAUCUGGAUUCCUUUUUGGAUCUCUUACGGCAAUAAUUUUGCUUCCAUAUAUUACAAUUGGUAAUGGAAGAGUUAGAAAAAGAAGGCCGUUAGUUGCUGCCUCUUUUCUUAUUCUUGCUUUUAUGUUUUCAAUUCUUUUUGCACUAUUUUUCUUCUACCAAAUUGAUUAUGAACCUCUUGCAUUGUUAAAUUGCCCAAUUCCAACAAAAAUUUGCGAUCACCAGGGGUUGAUAUUACGUGAUUGGAUUCCAAUUUAA